AUGAAUAUUACAAAUAACCAUGAUGAUUUAGCUUAUCUUUCAUUUGAACCAUUGUUAACACUUCUUUCCUCGGAAUUUCUCUCUAAAGAAUCUCAACAUAAUACUUUCGUUGUACAAUAUUUAUCAGAAUUGUUAGAGUCUUCUAUUUCUGAAUUAUCAGAAAAACAUAAUGAAUUAGUUAUUGAAAAUCAAGGGCUUAUAUCUAAUCUGAUUGAAAUUAUGCAAAAAGAAUAUAGUAAUUUGGUUGCAGUUAUAGAUCAUGAAAGUUAUUUCUCUAAAUCUUUUGAUGUGCUCAAUGAAUCCGUUAAUAAGAUUCAAUCAACAAUUAUUUCCAUUAAUACUAAAAUUUCAAAUUUUAAAGCUUCAAAAGAUUUGUUGGGUGAAACUUUUAACCAAGCACGUUUAUUAUAUCAAUAUCAGGAAUAUAUUUCAAAUAUACUUGAGAUUCCAUCUUUAAUAAAAACUUUUAUAAAAAAUAAUCGUUAUUCAGAAGCGAUAAGUUUAAUAUUUUAUGUAAGACAAUUAGAAUCUAAAUAUUCUCAAAUUGUGAUAGUUCAAGACUUAGUAAAACAAACUAAUCAUAUCUCAGAAGAUAUGCAAAAACAAUUAUUAUCACUUUUAAGGGGGCCUAUAAAAUUAACUGAAGCAACUAAAGUUCUUGGUUAUCUUCAUAGAACAAAUGGUUUUUCAGAGACCGAAUUAUGUUAUAUAUUCUUACUUUGUCGUUGGAAUUAUAUAGAAAAGCUUAUUUCUAAUUUAAAUCCCCCUCAACAAGAAGAUUCUGGAAAAUAUCUUAAAGAAUAUAUAGAAAUAUUCAGAGAACAUAGCUUCAGUAUAUUUUCGUAUUAUAUUUUAAUAUUUUUAGAAGAAUCUUCAUUUCAGCCAUCAGAAAAUUUAGAAAAUAUUUCAAAAAUAAAUAAAAAUGAGUUAAAUGGAAAAGCGCAGAAAAAAAAAUUACUUUCAAAUUUUGCAUUAUUUAUGGUCUCUGAAAUAAAAAAUACAUUAACUACAUGUGUUCCUUAUAUUUCUGAAGAAAAAACAAAAACACUAAUACUUAACCGAAUUUUUAAUUGUGGGCAAAGUUUAGCAGGAAUUGGUGUUGAUUUUAGUUUAGCGUUAGUUGAUAUUUUUGGUGAUGAAUGGGAUAAUGAUAUAAAAAACUACCAAAAAAUGAUAAAGAAUUUAGAUAACAUAAAAACAUAG